AUGGAAAAACUUGGCGAACUUGGAUCGGGUCAGUAUGGUACCGUAUACUCCGCUUACUGGCAUCAGGGCGACGGGAAAAAAGAUAUAUUAAAAGAAGCAAACAUUAUGCUAAAUUUAAAUCAUCCGAAUAUCGUUCGCUUGUUGGGUAUGUCCAUACAGCCACUCGUUUUAAUUCAAGAAUUAGUGGUUAUGGGAUCGUUGAUUGAUCAUGUUCGAAGCUGUGCUGAAAAGUCAAUAACCAUCGCAUUAGAAAUUAAGUUAGGCUGGGCAAAGCAAAUAGCAGCAGGAAUGGCUUAUGUUCAGAGUAAAAAUAUUGUUCACGGUGAUUUAGCUGCAAGAAAUAUUCUCAUGCAAUCUGAAACUGUAGUUAAAAUCACUGAUUUUGGAUUAGCAAGUACAACUGAUAGAUAUAUCAACAACCCGUCUGAUGCCAAAGAAGACGCAAAUAGAUUAUUUCCAAUUCGAUGGUAUGCUUUUGAAUCUUUAUUUGACAAAGUAUACACAAGUAAGAGCGAUGUUUGGAGUUUUGGUGUUUUGCUAUGGGAAGUAUUUAGUGAUGGGCAACAACCAUACAAAGAUAUACCAUCUGUGCGUGAGAUCAUGGAUUAUUUAAUUGCUGAAAAAAGAUUAAUUUUACCUCGUGGCUGUCCAACUGAUAUUUGUAAUAUCAUGAACACGUGUUGGAAAAGAAAGCCGGAAGAUCGUCCAACAUUCGCAAAGUUACAGCAGACCAUCGAUGAACUAAUUCAGAGUUGCUAG